AUGUCCUGGGAUGGGCAGGCAGGGCCCGCCACAGGUCCCGGGACGGGCGGGGGAUGUCUGCCACAUGUCACGGGAUUGGUGGAUGUCCUGGGACAGACGGACCGGGCCCGCCACGGGUCCUGGGACAGGUGGGCUGAGCCCGCCACGGGUCCUGGGACAGGUGGGCUGAGCCCGCCACAUGUCCUGGGACAGGUGGGUGAUGUCCGCCAUGUGUCCCGAGACGAGCGGGCUGGGCCCCUGACAGGGUCCGGGACGAGCGGCAAUGUCCACCACGUGUCCCGGUACAGGCGAGCCAGGCCAGCCAAAGGUCCUGGGACGGACAGGCGAUGUCCGCCAUGGGUCCCAAGACAGAUGGGAGAUGCCCACCACGGGUCCCAGGUCGAGCAGGCCGGGCCCUCCACGGGUCCCGGGACGGGUGGUACAUGUCCGCCACGUGUCCCAGGACAUGCAGGUAGGGCUGGCCACAUGUCCCAUGAAAGGAGGGCCAGGCCCACUACUGGACCCAGGACAGGCAGGCUGUGUCCACCACGUGUCCCGGAUGGGCGGGCCGGGCCUGCCAUGGGUCCCAGGACGGGCGGGCAAUGUCAACCACGUGUCCCGGGACGGGUGGGCAAUGUCCACCACUUGUCCCAGGACGGGCUGGCCAGGCCCUCCACGGGUCCCGGGACGAGCGGCAGAUGUCUGCCACGUGUCCCAGGGCAUGCAGGUAGGGCCGGCCACGUGUCCCGGGAGGGGGGAGCGAUGUCCACCACAUGUCCCGGGACGGGCGGGCGGGCAAUGUCCGCCACGUGUCCCAGGAUGGCCGGGCGAUGUUCACCACGUGUCACUGGACGGGUGGGCCGGGCCCGCCACAGGUCCCGGGACAGGCAGACGAUGUCCACCAUGUGUCCCGGGAUGGGAAGGCCGGGCUUGCCACAGGUCCCGGGACAGGCGGUCGAUGUCCCCCAUGUGUCCGGGAUGGGUGGGUCGGGCACGCCAAUAGGUGAGGGACGGGCGGGCGAUGUCCGCCAUGUGUCUCGGGACUGGCAGGCCGGGCCAGCCACUGUCCCAGUAUGGGCAGGUGAUGUCCGCCUCACGUACUGGGACGGGCGGGCCAUGCCUGCCACGGGUCCCAGUAGGGGCGAGCGAUGUCCACAACAUGUCCCGGGACGGGCAGGCAAUGUCCGGCACAUGUCCAUGGACGGGCGGGCGGGGCCUGCCAGGGUCCAGUGA